AGAAGCCAGCCAGAAGAUAUAUAAAGACCCAGCAAAAGAUGCAUCGUUCCUUUCUCUGAAGAGGGGUCCUUUAUGGAUUAUAAUCCGGCCAAUCAAAUUGUACCUUGUAACAAAUAUCUAAGGAUCAACGGGGACUUUUAACUCUAGACAAAAUCAUUUUUAGGCACCAUGGUGGGACUUAAACCGUCAGAUGUUCCCCCUCCUUUGGGGGUGAAGAUGGCGAGUGCUGGAGCUGCAGCCUGCAUAGCUGAUCUUGUCACAUUUCCUCUGGACACAGCCAAAGUCAGACUACAGAUUCAGGGAGAGAAGACGCCGGUGGGAGGAAUCCGCUACAGAGGGGUGUUUGGGACGAUCAGCACGAUGAUCAGAACAGAAGGGCCCCGCUCACUGUAUAACGGGCUGAUAGCCGGGCUGCAGAGGCAAUUGUGCUUUGCCUCCAUCAGAAUCGGCCUCUAUGACAAUGUCAAAAACUUCUACACUGGGGGACAAGACAACGCCAAUGUGCUGAUACGUAUCCUGGCUGGCUGCACCACAGGGGCCAUGGCAGUGUCCUUUGCACAACCCACUGAUGUGGUCAAGGUUCGAUUCCAAGCCCAGACGAACCUGGCCGGUGUGGCCCGUCGCUACAAUGGCACCAUGCAGGCGUAUAAACACAUCUUUCAGAACGAGGGCAUGCGUGGACUCUGGAAAGGCACACUGCCAAACAUCACAAGAAAUGCUCUCGUGAACUGCACAGAGCUGGUGACAUACGACCUGAUCAAGGAAGCCAUCCUCAAGCACAACCUGUUGUCAGACAAUCUGCCAUGCCACUUUGUAUCUGCAUUUGGAGCCGGCUUUGUUACUACAGUGAUCGCCUCCCCAGUGGAUGUGGUAAAAACUCGGUACAUGAACUCACCUCCAGGCCAGUACAAGAGUGCUAUUAACUGUUCCUGGACUAUGUUGACCAAAGAGGGGCCGACGGCUUUCUACAAAGGGUUUGUACCCUCAUUUUUGAGGUUGGGAUCAUGGAACGUUGUGAUGUUUGUUUCCUUUGAACAAAUCAAGAGAGCCAUGAUGGUCACGAAGAAGAAAAUGGAGGACAGAAACUGAGAUUGAACUUGAACCAUCACUGUGCUGAAACAUCGUUAAGAGAAACCAACUGAAUAUGAAGUCAGGUCUUAGUUGUCUACGGAUGACAAAGAAGAAAAUCCUUUGUUGAAAAAGGAAUACUGGACAGUCUACCAUGUAUGUGACGUAUGAAAGAAAUGCAGUUUUAGUUUUGUAUUUAAAUCUUCAGAAUGAACCCAUUCCACAUUGAAUGGGAGUGAAUGGUGCAAGCAUUAGGAAGUGUUAACCGUCUUUGAGAAGCUGAGUUUGCACUUUAAGACAUUCAAAUCUGCCAACAUUUACAGGCAGCUUUAACAAAUGUACCUUUAUAUGAGAAAGAAAACAAACUGUUGCCCAACAUGUGAAACCCAUAAAUAUAUUUGACUUGU